UGCGGUGAAGCGGUGGCAGAGCCUGCGGUGCCGCACACGUGCCGGAGCCCGCUCUCACAACCGGCCGCACGUGUCCAGCGCCUCCAGCCCGGCGCGCAGGUAGCGGCCAUCUGCGCGGCCUCCAGGCGCCGAGGGGCUGCGAGCAGAGGAUGAGCUGCGGGUACAUCCUGUGCACGGUGCUGCUCUCGGUGGCCGUCCUCCUGGCCGUGACGGUGACGGGAGCCAUCCUCUUCAUGAACCACUACCACACCCCCGUCACCGAGCCACCCCCGGUCAUCAGCACCAACCCCGAGGAAGCCAACGCGCUGGUCACCAUCGAGAAAGCCGACAGCUCCCGCAUCAACAUCUUCAUCGACCCCAACUGCCCCGACGCUGCGGGCACCUUGGGGCGCCUGGAGGGGCUGCAGAGCUCCCUGCUGCGCGCCCUCACCGACCACGAUGCCGAGGCCAAGGCCAGCAAGAGCCAGCAGAAGGCUCUGCUGGUCACGGUGGCCGAUGAGGUGGCCAAGCUGCUGACUCACGCCGUGCAGCUGCGUGCUGACUGCGACGGCCUCAAGAAGGGGCACAGCGCCAUGGGGCAGGAGCUCAGCACCCUGCAGGGGGAGCAGGGCAGGCUCAUCCAGCUGCUCUCGGAGAGCCAGACCAACAUGGCCCGGCUGGUGAGCUCCGUCAGCGACGUCCUGGACACGCUGCAGAAGGAGCGAGGUGGAGCCCGGCCCCGGCUCAAGGCUGACCUGCAGCGAGCACCGGCCAGGGGAGCGCGGCCCCGGGGCUGCUCCAAUGGCUCCCGGCCCCGAGACUGCUUUGACAUCUAUGUGAGUGGACAGCAAGAGGAUGGGAUUUACUCCAUCUUCCCCACACACUAUCCCUCCGGCUUCCAGGUCUACUGUGACAUGACAACCGAUGGGGGCGGCUGGACGGUGUUCCAGCGGCGGGAGGAUGGCUCCGUGAACUUCUUCCGUGGCUGGGAAGCCUACAGGGAUGGCUUUGGAAAGCUGACCGGGGAGCACUGGUUAGGGCUGAAGCGCAUCCACAUGCUGACAGUGCAGGGCAGCUACGAGCUCCGCGUCGACCUGGAGGACUUCGACAACGGCACCGCCUUCGCCCACUACGGCAGCUUCGGCGUGGGGCUCUUCUCUGUUGACCCCGAGGAGGACGGGUACCCCAUCUCCAUCGCUGACUACUCGGGCACAGCAGGUGACUCCUUCCUGAAGCACAACGGGAUGAAGUUCACCACCAAGGACCUGGACAACGACCACUCGGAGAACAACUGCGCCGCUUUCUACCACGGCGCCUGGUGGUACCGCAACUGCCACACCUCCAACCUCAACGGGCAGUACCUCAAGGGCCACCACAGCUCCUACGCCGACGGCAUCGAGUGGUCCUCCUGGACCGGCUGGCAGUACUCCCUCAAGUUCACCGAGAUGAAGAUCCGGCCUGUCCGGGAGGAGAAUUAGGUGGAUGGCAUGAGAACCCCCCCCCACCCCGUGCCCUUCCCCAUCACCCCAUUCCCCCAUCUCCCACCCUCCCCAUGCUCCCUAAGGGCUGACUCAUCUUCACGAUCCACCUGGGAGCACCACUGAGGGUGUCUUUAGCCCCAAGGCACCCGUGGACAUCACUGGACCUUUCCUUCCUGCUGCCAUAGCUCUCCUGUGGACAAACUGGGUGUCCUGGACAGAGCGUAACCCACGGCUGAUGCCCAUGG